AUGUUUUUUGAACCAAAUGAGUUAGAUUCUGAUGACAUGGGAUAUGCAAUGAGUAGACUUGAGACUGAAUCUGAUGCUGGAGAAGACUUUUCUGGAGUUGGUAGUAGUAGUCACAGAUCAGGUGAGCAUUUGGCAGGUUUAGACCAUGAGAUCAACCAGAUCACUAAGUUGAAGUCUAGUCCUCAUCAACGGUAUAGCCGUGUAGCUCCUGGGAGACAUGAGUUACCUGUUUCCACUGUGAGGAUGUUGGCUGGUCGAGAAAGUAAUUUCUCUGGAAGAGGAGGAAGGUUUUCCGCAGCUGAUUGUUGCCAUAUGUUAAGUAGAUACUUGCCUGUUAAAGGUCCUUGGCUUGUAGAUCAAAUGAACAGCCGAGCUUAUGUCUCUCAGUUUUCAACUGAUGGAUCUCUCUUUAUCGCUGGGUUUCAGGGAAGCCAUAUUCGGAUUUAUAAUGUAGACAAGGGUUGGAAAGUUCAAAAGGAUAUUCUUGCAAAAAGCUUGCGUUGGACUGUUACUGAUACUUCUCUGUCUCCUGAUCAGCGGAAUCUGGUUUAUGCAAGCAUGUCACCUAUUGUUCACAUUGUUGAUGUUGGCUCUGGUACAACCGAGUCUCAUGCAAAUGUUACGGAGAUACAUGAUGGUUUAGACUUCUCAACUGAUGAAGAUGGAGGGUACUCUUUUGGAAUAUUCUCUGUUAAAUUUUCAACGGAUGGACGAGAACUUGUUGCUGGGAGCAGUGAUGAUUCCAUUUAUGUAUAUGACCUUGAAGCAAAUCGAGUUUCUCUCCGGACUGUUGCACACACGUCUGAUGUAAAUACUGUGUGUUUUGCUGAUGAAAGUGGAAAUCUGAUUCUCUCUGGAGGUGAUGAUAAUCUCUGCAAGGUGUGGGAUAGGCGUUGUUUCAUUGGGAGAGAAAAGGCAGCUGGUGUUCUUGUAGGACACCUUGAAGGUGUUACAUUUAUCGAUAGCCGUGGAGAUGGUCGCUAUUUCAUAUCAAAUGGCAAAGACCAAACCAUCAAGUUAUGGGAUAUCAGAAAAAUGUCCUCAACACCACCUGCAACACAUGAGGUGCCUAGAAACUAUGAAUGGGAUUAUAGAUGGAUGGAGUAUCCUCCUGAAGCAAGAGAUCUAAAGCACCCUUUUGAUCAGUCAGUGUCCACAUAUAAAGGUCACUCAGUGUUGCGUACUCUUAUCCGUUGCUACUUCUCUCCAGUGCAUAGUACUGGCCAAAAGUACAUAUACACAGGUUCUAACGAUAGCUCUGUCUACAUAUAUGACUUGGUAAGUGGAGAUAAAAUGGCAGUGCUAAAGCACCAUAUUUCACCUGUGAGAGACUGUAAUUGGCAUCCUCAUUACCCGACGCUUAUAAGCUCGUCGUGGGACGGAGAUCUUGUGAAAUGGGAAUUUCCGGGGAGCGGUGAGGCGCCAAUCAUGAGCAAGAAGAGGGUUCGGAGGAGACAUUUAUACUACUGACCAUCUACAUCUAUACAUACUCAUUUAUGUGUGUGUCUCUGUAAGUUAAUAUGUAAAAUGUAGAGAGUACGAUGAUUGAUGGUAUAAACACAAGUGAGAAUCAUCAAAUAAGGCUUUUAACGUUAAAAAGCUAUAUUGCUAUGGUGUAUGUUGUUUUAAGGAAAAGUAUCAUUCGUGUACCAAAAUAAUAAAGUAGUCUUCUCUUCUCUAACCAUUUUUUUAAAAAGUUAUAUUUAUAUGUUCUAA